CUUUAAAUUAUUGUUUCAAAAAAUGGUGUGCGUGCGCUUAAAAAAUAAAAUUUCAGAAAAUUCUGGAUUCAUCCUCUCCCUCCCUCCAUUAGGUUGGUCGCCCUGUUUGUAAGAUAAUUGGUAUCUAAUGGCCACUCUUGUAGUAUUCUCCAAAUAAUUGUAUUGCUCAAGAUGUCGUGAGAAACCAUACUAUUUCUUAUCUGUCUCUCCCUGUUAGGCUGUUAUCCGAUAUUUGAUAGACCUACGUGUGUGCUUGCUAAAGGUCAUUGUGACCGAACUAUGUUGCCUUGUUAUGGUGGUAAAUUUGGGUCAGUGUUGCUGUGUCUUGAUAAAGCAUUUACUAUUCUAUGAAAUGUCGUGACGGUGUAAUCUAAAUACAUGUUACUGGCCCGAUAAUCCAGAACGUCUAAAAUAGUUUUUUGGAAAUCCCCAUGACUCGAUGGCUCGUGGUUCCACACAGGCGUGGUGUAUUUUGAUUGGCUAACAAUUGUAUCCAGGCUCGCCACUUUGUUUACAAACAUGUUUGCAAUUUUGUGUAAAGUGCGGUUAACCACCGCUUGAUCAAGUCAAGUUUUUGACCGCUUGCGUGCAAGAUCAGUUUUCAACAGAAUUAACAUUGUAUGGUUUCGAUGAUUCACAAGUGAUGUAAAUAUUCUAAGUUGGAACAGAUGGAUUACAUGAUGUAACAGUAAAUACGAUAUAUCACUGAUUACAUAGUAACCAACAUCGUGAAAAGUAAAGCAAUUAAAACAAAACAUUUCUGUGAAUACCUGGCGCAAUUUAUUCUGGUUCUUGAGGACGAUCAGACAAAUCAACCUAACUGCCACCACUUGCCGGGAAAACAACUUAUUGGCAACUAAAACUUCGAAAGUAAUCCUCGUCAUUGUUAGUCGGUCACAGUAAAGCAACAGAAAGGAUAACGAACUGAACAAUGAUCAUCACUGCUAGUAGGUGACAGUAUAUAUAAAGAUGGAUAAAGAACUGAAAAUACACCGGCCAAAGAAAGGCAGAGUAUCGCGGAAACGCUUGUUACUUCUAUUCAUUUGUGGACAAGUCUUCUCAUUGUCCACCUUCUUUCUGGUUCAGACAAAUAAUCCCGAAUUGUGUUAUGUUCACUGGAGGACCAUUCUCAACCAGAUCCUUUUCUUUAUCAGACUUGCCGUCUGUCUGAUUGUGGGAUACUUACAAAGCUAUUACAGGAGGUUUGGCGGGAAGCGCAUCUGUCUGUAUCUGCUGUUUGUGUCGGUGACUAGUUAUGUUGUCGUUGCCCACUGUAUGGACUCGAUGGCGUUGUUCACGUGGGACCAGCUUAAGGGAAACGUCAUGCGCAGACUGGACGACAGCAUCAUUGUCAUUGAUGAAAACAGAAAUGAAUCUACGUCGAUGAGACAAACAGAGGAGCCGCUGGUGAUUCAGGAACACUUCAGAUACAUCGACGAAGACGUUAGAUUUGGAUGCUAUCACGUGAUGUCCUUCGAAUCAGAAGUCGAACCAGCAGACAGGCAGGUCAUCUGGAUGCAUAAUAAUGAAUCUCUUGUGCCAUCUUGGAAAUUCCACAUCGACAUAUCAUUCAUUGACGUUAAUGUAACGCAUAAUGAUAGUGUGCAUUCUUAUAUUAUUAAUUCGACGUUGACAAUAUAUCUCAUAGAAGACAGAGAUUUUGGAAAUUAUUCUUGUCAUCUUAGGGAAAGUGCACUUAAGAAACUCAGGGAUACUAAGACAAAUAACAACACAAAACAACAAAGACCUGCAUCCAGACCAAAAACGUCCUUUGUGGACGAUAUAAUUGACUGUUCAUCAUUCUGGAUUUGCACUGAACUAAAAUAUAUGUUUGAAGAACUUAACGAGGUCUACGAGGACCUACAAAGUCUUCUCAUGUUACAACAGGUUUUGCAACAAAACUCUUACCAGUGGACAGGUGAAUUCAAAUUGACGAAAAUAAAGAAAUCCAUUUUGACAAAAUCAGCGCCCCCUGGCGGAAUUAUAUCCAUCAGUGCCUCAUACUUGAACUUGGCCGAAAAGCAAGAUAUAUCACUUGGGUAUGUGAUUAACACCAAACCAUUCCACGAAGUCUGUUCGGGACAUCUAAACGGCUGCUCACUCUUUGUGAUGAUAUACUGGUUUUUCUGGCACGCAGAAGGACAUUUUGAUGUAAUACCACGCAUGGUUGCUUACUGGCUACAUAUGAGUAGUUCUAUUUUGGGAAAUGCAUGGCAAUGCGCAUGCCCUUCCACGUACGGCAUUCACGUUUUUCGGUUCUACAGACACUUUUAUAACGUCACAAGUGGAAGGAACACGAUCAUUGAAGUGGAACACCCACAGGCUAUCCGACUGAUUCCUCGAGCAGCAGAUUUGCUGCUGACAUUUCAGAAUGAAUCCACGCCCGAACCACUAGGCGAAGAGUGUUUUAAUUCCAUGCCAUUCAUCCGUUCGUGCUCUUGGAUGGAAUGUGUUAUCAGUGAACUUCACAGAAACUUCUUUUGGAUAGAAAACCUUAUCUUUGCUCUCGUGAUUAUGACUGGUGUGUUGGUAGCUUAUCUAUUCUGCAAACCAAUAGUCCGCCUUCUUUUAUCUUGCGCUAGUGCCAUUUUGGACGGAUUUGAUUGGGUUGAACCUCGAGAAACUCUAGGAAGCAUUGGACACGCUGGCUUGCCGUAUAAAUAUGAUGUCUAUAUUUCACACGCAGAUUCCCAACGGGAAUUAGCAUCUGAUCUGGCAUCUCUGCUGGAGUCUUUCGGAAAGAAGGUGUUUUACAGGGAACGUGAUGUCGCCAUCGGAGACUUAAAAAUUGAAGCUGUGUCCGACGCCAUUGUGUCGAGCUGCAAGUUCCUGAUCAUUGUCUCGAGGGAAUACAUCGAAAGUGGUUUUCAAAACAGGUUUGAGUUCCAGUUGAUACUGAAUGAGAUACACGAGGGAAAGGUCAAUCAAAGAAAUGUCAUGCUCUAUAAGCAUGGACGAUGUACGAUUCCGACAUACUUCCGCGACUUCACCGACAUGGAGAUUCUAGAUACGAUUGGGACCUCUGCCGAGGAGCGAUUUGGGAAGCUGAGGCAGUGGUCGAACUGCAAGAAGAAUACACGGUCAAUUAGACUGUCAAUGUUUCUACUUUUCAUAUCAAGUGUGUAUAUGGGAAUGGGACUAAUCAUGCCAAAAGCAUUCGUCAUUUUUGAUACCGUUAUAAAUGCAUUAGCAUUCUUGUGGAUAAAAUAACUACGAAACUGGUGGAAGUGUGUGUGUGUGUGGGUGUGGGUGUGUUGUGUGUCUGUGUGUGUGUGUGUAUGUGUGUGUGUGCAUGCACAUGUCUGUGCAGGUGCGUGCGUGCGUGUGUGCGUGUUUGUGACUUCGAUGUUUAUUGGACAUUAUCGUUUACCAGAUAUCCACGUGUUUAAUUUGUAUUUAGACUAUACAUUUUUAAAGGUUGAAUGUAGUUUUUAUUUAAUUCGAACUGUAAAUAGAGUCUUCAGUAGGUCACGAUUGGAUUUGUAUUAUUAGCCGAUCGAAAGUUGGUUUUGUGUAACGACACCACUAGAGCACAUUGAUUUAUUAAUUAUCGACUACUGGAUGUCAAACAUAUGGUAAUUUUGACAUAGUCCUAGAAGGGAAAUCCGCUACAUAUCUUCAUUAGAAGCAAGGGAUCGUUCACAUUCAUCAUCCCAUAAACAAGAUAGUACAUACCACGGUCUUUGAUAUACCAGUCGUGGUGCACUGGCCACUUUGUUUUUCCCAUUACCAUAGUUUGACACCCAAUAGCCGAUGUAUUUUUCGUGCUGGGGUGUCGUUAAACAUUAAUUCAUUAAUUCAUUCAUUGGUGCACUGGCUGGAACGAGGAGAGAGAAAGAGAGUAAUACAAUGCAAGCAGUGUUAUAAUGUAAAUAAUGUCAAAUAUGUUUGUUGUGGGUAACUGGAGUUUAAAAGGGAAAACAAAUAUAUCAGAGUACUACGGAAAUUUGAGUGAUCGGAAUAGUCCGGUUUCCGAAUGAUGGACACUCCGAUUAAACAAGGGGAAUUACUCUUACGCGCCUGCCAGUCGGCUGUGUCACAGAGCUCGACAUAGAAGGACACAGACCACAAUUAAUUUCGCUAUAUGUUUCUAUAUAGCCUUAGUGGCUGUACCUUUGCCUCUAGAUACCGACUCCAAACCUUGAGUGAGUGCUCCGCAAGACUCAAUGGGUAGAUGUAAACCACU